GAUUGUGACUUUGAUGGUUCAAUUAGCGAUAUUAAUGACAAUAAUGAAAAAGCUCAAUCUAAAAACCCAAACCAAUUAAUAAUUGAAGAUGAAGAAUUUGAGCAAGAAUUUCAAUUGAAUACUAUGAAUAAUUCAUUUUUUGAUAUUAUUAUUUGUAAUGUACAAGGAAAACAUUCUAUAAAUCGUCUUUUUGUUAUGCAAAAAAUGGAAGAGACUCAUACUAUACUUGAUCAGUAUACACAAAAAGAAUAUCAAAAAUUUAAUAAUAAGACAACAAACAAUCAAAAGAAUUUUGUGGUUAAAACAGAUGAUGGUUCAAUUGAAUUGGCAGCUGCUUUGAGAUAUGAACAAAUGCAUGCUAAUGAUAAACCAAUUAGGACAAAAAGAUGUGUCUCACAGUGGACUACUGCAUGUAAAAAAGUAUUUAAAAUUAUAAAAUUAAACCCACAGUCAUCGAAAUUUAAAGCUGGAAAUUAUUUCUUUUUUGUGGAUAAAACACCAUCGAUUUUUAUUGCAGAAAUUAUAGCAAUAUUUGUGAUAAAAAUAUGGUACAAGUUAUGUAAAGCUAAAAUGUUAGAUGAAAUGGAUACUAGUCAAAUUCAUGUCAGACUUUUUGACUUAGCAUCAAAUUCUGAUUGUGAAUUCACUCUAGUAAUGGAAAAUAAUAGGAUACAAUUUGUAUGUGAAGCAUAUCUAUUUCGAUUUUUUGCAACUUUAGGUGACAUUAAAAGUUAUUUUUAUAAUACAUCAAAAUAG